CCUUCGCCGCCGCCAGAGAUUUCGGUGUCGCUGCGAAGCGUCGCGUGCGCUGCCGUAUCCGGGUUCGGCCCGCAGGCGUCUGACAGCCCAGCGCCAUCUUCAUCGAGCGCCAUGGCCGUAGCCUGCGGGCCGGGAGCGGCCGGGCACUGCUUGCUUCUCGGCCUGCAUUUGUUUCUGCUCACCGCGGGCCCUGCCCUGGGCUGGAACGACCCUGACAGAAUGUUGCUGCGGGAUGUAAAAGCUCUUACCCUCCACUAUGACCGCUAUACCACCUCCCGCAGGCUGGAUCCCAUCCCACAGUUGAAAUGUGUUGGAGGCACAGCUGGUUGUGAUUCUUAUACCCCAAAAGUCAUACAGUGUCAGAACAAAGGCUGGGAUGGGUAUGAUGUACAGUGGGAAUGUAAGACCGACUUAGAUAUUGCAUACAAAUUUGGAAAAACUGUGGUGAGCUGUGAAGGCUAUGAGUCCUCUGAAGACCAGUAUGUACUAAGAGGGUCUUGUGGCUUGGAGUACAAUUUAGAUUAUACAGAACUUGGCCUGCAGAAACUGAAGGAGUCUGGAAAGCAGCACGGCUUUGCCUCUUUCUCUGAUUAUUAUUAUAAGUGGUACUCGGCGGAUUCCUGUAACAUGGGUGGAUUGAUUACCAUCGUGGUGCUCCUUGGGAUCGCCUUUGUAGUCUAUAAGCUGUUCCUGAGUGAUGGGCAGUAUUCUCCUCCACCGUAUUCUGAGUAUCCUCCAUUUUCCCACCGUUACCAGAGAUUCACCAACUCAGCAGGACCUCCUCCCCCAGGCUUUAAGUCUGAGUUCACAGGACCGCAGAAUACUGGCCAUGGUGCAACUUCUGGUUUUGGCAGUGCUUUUACAGGACAACAAGGAUAUGAAAAUUCAGGACCAGGGUUCUGGACUGGCUUGGGAACUGGUGGAAUACUAGGAUAUUUGUUUGGCAGCAAUAGAGCGGCAACACCCUUCUCUGACUCGUGGUACUACCCGUCCUAUCCUCCCUCCUACCCUGGCACAUGGAAUAGAGCUUACUCACCCCUUCGUGGAGGCUUGGGCGGCUAUUCGGCGUGUUCAAACUCAGACACAAAAACCAGAACUGCAUCAGGAUAUGGUGGUACCAGGAGACGAUAAAGUAGAAAGUUGGAGUCAAACAUUGGAUGCAGAAAUUUUGGAUUUUUCGUCACUUUCUCUUUAGAAAAAGUGCUACCUGUUAACAAUUGGGAAAGGGGGAUAUUCAAAAGUUCUGUGGUGUUUUGUCCUGUAUAGCUUUUUGUAUUCUAUUAUUUGAGGCUAAAAGUUGAUGUGUGACAAAAUACUUAUGUGUUGUAUGUCAGUGUAACAUGCAGAUGUAUAUUGCAGUUUUUGAAAGUGAUCAUUACUGUGGAAUGCUAAAAAUACAUUAAUUUCUAAAACCUGUGAUGCCCUAGGAAGCAUUAAGAAUGAAGGUGUUGUACUAAUAGAAACUAAGUACAGAAAAUUUCAGUCUUAGGUGGUUGUAGCUGAUGAGUUAUUACCUCAUAGAGACUUUAAUAUUCUAUUUGGUAUUAUAUUAUUUGAUGUUUGCUGUUCUUCAAACAUUUAAAUCAAGCUUUGGACUAAUUAUGCUAAUUUGUGAGUUCUGAUCACUUUUGAGCUCUGAAACUUUGACUCAUUCAGUGGUGGUGAUGGCCUUCUGGUAAGUGAGUAUUACCUUCUGUAGGAAAAGGUAGAAAAUAAGCUCUAGAAGGUUAUUGUGAAUGACUGUGUGCUGGCAGAAAUGCUUGAAACCUCUAUAUUCAGUUCAUAAGAGGUAAAGGUCAAAUUUUUCAAAAAAAGUCUUUUAAUAACAAAAGCAUGCAGUUCUCUGUGGAAUCUCAAAUAUUGUUGUAAUAGUCUGUUUCAAUCUUAAAAAUAAUCAAUAAAAACAAGGGGUUUA